AUGAUAAGAGUAAAUAAUGUGAACAAAAUAAUUUUUUUUCCUACCGGCCUCUUUUUUGAUAUUUUCCUCUCAUCGGCCUUAAAAUCGACAUUUUCUCGCGGCCUCGUCAAAAUGCCCACUGGGUCUUAUGGCCAGUCCGUCCCUGUCGGGAACGCCACUCUAGUACAAAGUACAAACACUAAUGGCAAAAAACUAAUAGAAAUCUGUGAACACUUCAAUUUGAAAAUAGGAAAUACCUUCUUCAAUCAUCCUAACCAUCACACCAUGACCUACAAAAGCCCAUCUUUUGGCACUACCUCACAAAUUGAUUUCUUUGUAAUUUCCAACAAUAUAUUUAAGUGGGUGAAGGACAUCAAAGUCGUCAGCAAACUGAACUUCACCUUAUUUACGGACCAUUACCCACUAGGAUGCGAGCUAAGGAUAAAAAAUAGCAUUUUUCCAAACCGAAAUCAACAUAGCCACCUUAACUCUACACACUUCAUAAUGAGGAAAGACUUGGCACAGCUGAAUGAUUUGGUUAUAAAGGAAGAGUUCAUCACCAAUCUAACAACUUGGAGAAACACCCAAAAUGGCAUGAUCAAUCCUAAUAUAACUUGGAAGGAUAUGAAACUAAGUUUAUCAAGCUGUAUGAAUUCAUGCUUAAGACCACGAAUUAAACGUAAAGAAUGGUACAUAACUCACUGCAUAAGAACAGAUAAAAGAUAUUUUAUUGCCAACUUAUCUAGAUCCAUACAAUAUAGCUUUGACAACAAUAAUAUUUACAACGCUUUCCAAUCUCUUAAGUUACUCACUACCUUUAAAUCCAAUCCUCUACCAAGAUUACACAUUGAAAAUAAUAAUAUUAUAACGGACCCCAGGGAACAAUUAGCGAUAUGGACAGACCAUUACAUGAACAUUUACAGAACAAGGUGGCCUAAACCAUUAUGUGACUAUCCUUUCCAACCACCUAAUCGGAACCUGAACAGAAUAGAUAUAAUCAAUUCCAUUAAAAGACUAAAAACCCAUAAAGCAGCCGGAAUCGAUGGGAUUUUUGCGGAACUUUGGAAGAUAGAUGCUGAUUUAAGUGCUAGUCUACUGCUUCCCCUCUUUAAUGAGAUAUGGAAUACUGGCAAUUUCCCAGAGGAAUGGAUGACCUCGAUAAUACUUAAUUUCCCUAAAAAUAAGAACCCGACUAGCCUGAAGGACUACAGAGGAAUUGCACUGAUCCCUUACCCUAAAAAUGUUCACAAACCUCUCAUAGAAACCUCUCAUAGAAACCUCUCAAACGCCAUCACAUCAUAUAGGAAGGGCAGGAACACGACGGAACUAACCAUGGCGCUUAAGGUUAUUCUGGAGAAAGCUAGAAUGCAUAAGUCCCCAAUAUUUGCCAUAAUGAUUGAUCUAAGUCAAGCCUUUGACUCCAUCAUACAGCAUAAGAUCUGGCCCUUACUGGAGGACAUAGAAUAG